CCCCAGCCCGCCCGCCCGGACGCCUCGCCCUCCGCCCACAUUGCGCUUGUGCCUAGGUCCCGUACCCAGCCCUGGCUGCUCUGGCUUCCCCGGGCAGGCUGGGCACUACCGGCCGGCCGCUAGGAUGCAGGCCCGCCACAAGGAGCACCUGUACAAGCUGCUGGUGAUCGGCGAUCUGGGCGUGGGCAAGACCAGCAUCAUCAAGCGCUACGUGCACCAGAACUUCUCCUCGCACUACCGGGCCACCAUAGGCGUGGACUUCGCGCUCAAGGUGCUGCACUGGGACCCGGACACCGUGGUGCGCCUGCAGCUAUGGGACAUUGCAGGUCAAGAGAGAUUUGGAAACAUGACAAGGGUCUAUUACCGAGAAGCUAUGGGCGCAUUUAUUGUCUUUGACGUCACCAGGCCAGCCACAUUUGAUGCAGUGGCAAAGUGGAAAAAUGAUUUGGACUCAAAGCUAACUCUCCCUAAUGGCAAACCUGUUUCCGUGGUUCUGUUGGCCAACAAAUGUGACCAGGGGAAGGAUGUGCUCAUGAAUAAUGGCCUCAAGAUGGACCAGUUUUGCAAGGAGCACGGUUUCGUAGGAUGGUUUGAAACAUCAGCCAAGGAAAAUAUAAACAUCGACGAAGCCUCUAGAUGCCUGGUCAAGCACAUACUGGCAAAUGAGUCUGACCUCAUGGAGUCCAUUGAGCCAGACAUCGUGAAGCCCCACCUCACGUCUCCCAAGGCUGUCAGCUGCUCCAGCUGUGCCAAAUCCUAGAAGGCUCCUUUGCUGGCGUAUGACAGACAUAUCCCAUGAUCUCAUGAAUUGUGCCUUGAUUUUUUACCAUAUGGGGCCAAACCAGGAUAGGGAAGCAAGCAAAUAUGUAUAACUGUAUGCGUCCUGUCAAAGAGAAAUAGGCAAAUGUUCUUUUCUGUUUUCCCCACCGUCAGCAGUGUUUACAAGCUUUUAAAAUCUUAGCCGGUUACAAAAUGCUGUUAAUAUCACCGAACAAAAUUUCUCAGGGAUGGAGUCAACCUUGAUAUUUGCUCCUUUAAACCACCAAAGGCCUCUGGACUUCAGCGAACGGGGCUAAGAACAAGCCUGCUGUCAAGCUAAGUGUGGGUGUUUGCCUUGCCCUGGUGUGUCUUUGUUCAGGUUUCAAUCUAUUUUCUGGUGGUCUGAGAGGCUUAUUAAAGAGAAACAGUGUUUUCUCCAUUCUUGGCUGGCUUAAGAGCUGUCUGUGAUGUGGCUUUCGAGUCAUGCGCACAGGUCGCCUCUGCUUUUGUUGCCUUCCUUGUCUCUCACUGUGCCCUGCAUGUCGGGUUAACUGAAAACUGUGUGGAAAGAUCUGCUCCCUGUAUGUGCCUUUCUUUUAGAUUUCCCUGACAAGAGCUGCGGGACUCCUUUGUACAUGUGAGAUAUGUUAUAUAUAUUUUCACAAGUGAAAAAUAAAACAUUAAAGAUGCUGUUUCCCUA